CCACAGAUCACGACUCGCAACCCCUGCAUUACCUCCAACUCCCCUCAUCAACUUCACUACGAUGCCCGACAACUUCACUGACGACAAGAAGUCCGUUGUCAACUCGCCUUCCGACCUCCCGCCUCCCCGAGAGCGCAAGGCCGUGCGCGACGACGUUCCACUCCCCUUCUCUCGAAUGCCCCUUCACCGCUUCAACUACUACCUCGCCCUCUUCGCCGCCCUCCUCAUGGCCUUCUACGGCUGGCGCAUGCUCCAGUGGAAGGCCGAGUACGGCGGCUGGUGGAACCUCGCCCUCGGUCACCGACCCCCAGGCGCCGCACAGACCCUGAACAACUCCGGGGCUAGCGCAACACCCAGCGCAAGCUCGACAAACGGAGCGUACGCCUCACAGGGUUCGACGGGGAACCCAUCGGUGGAGGACAAGAUCCAGGAGCUGGCCGCGGCGCUGGGCAUGCCGUCGUCGGACCUCUCUGCCGCCAUCGCGAGCGCGGUGCGCGAGCACGUCCCACCUGCAAGCCUCUCGUCCGUUGCCGCACACGAGCCGUCGGGCACGGCAGUGCAAUACCUCGUCAACCCAGAGGCCGCUGCGGCUCAACAGACGGGAGUGGCGGAGGCGGGUUUGGGGGCGUUCAAGACCAUGUUCGACGCGGCUGUGGGUUUGGACGAGCCCCCAAACGACAUUGCCGGCGCUGCAUGAGCAACUUUGAGGGCUUAACGGAUAAUUCAACGAGUCAUUGUAUGUUAUUGUAUAUCCGGACUGAGUCUCGAAACAUUCUGUACAUCUGGGCAC